CUUUUCCUAUGCUUUAUUUAUUUCCUUUUUCUUUUCAUCUUUUGAUUUUAUUUUUCUUUUUAGCCUUUACUAUGCAGAUACCACCCUCAAGUUUUUCCUGUGCCCCUGGUAGUCUAGCUUCCAUAUUCUCGGGGAUAAUGCAAGAUAUCCAAAAAUCCAAAGCUGAAGGAACUGGUCUUUCUUACCCUUCUGCUCCUGAUAUUUUUUUCUUAUCAAACACUUCUCUUUCUUCUGGUCUUAAUGUGAUCAUCAACGAAGAUAUCCAUGAAAAUGAGGCUGACUAUAUUCCUGCUGAAGCAAGUGGUUCUUCGGGAGAAGAUAAUGAUAUCAUUUGUAUUUCUAGUGACAGUGAAGAAGAGGAGGAAGAAGAAAAACAACACGAUAGAGAACCACAAGUUAUCUUUAUUAUUUCUGACGAGGAAGAAGAAAUUGAGACUUAUACAGCCUUGUCUGCUAAAAGAAAAAGAAAUGCCCGCUUAAUACAAACGAAACAAGGUGGUGGAUCUCAACAUAAACGCUCUCGAGAGGACGAGAGAUCAACUGGUUAUAAAUGUACCUUAUGUAAGACCGAAGUUCUGAAACAUUCAAAAUCAAAACCUUUGAAAAGAAUGGCCAAGAUCAAAAAAGAUGUCUAUUGUGAAGGUUGUGCUCGAUUGGUGACUUUAACAGACUCGGAAAUGGAGAGAAGAGAUAUGAUUGCCUGGUUUAUUACCGGUAAGCUACCUCGAUAUGAUAUGCCACCAAAUCUCACUUCGCUUGAGGUAUAUACAAGGUUAGUCAAUCGUCGCUCUUACAUGCGUAAUCGAUUCUUGGACAAAGUCAAGAAUGGAUCUCCUAGAAUAGACGUGCACGAUUUGACUGACAUUUAUAUUUCCUCUGAGCAGAAAUGUGUGAUUAGUGGUCACCAUUGCUAUCUCCAUAAUAAGAGAAUCAAUCGAGUUCCUUAUUGGGCUUUGACCUAUGAUCAUAUUGUGCCCUUGAAACAGUGGGCACAUAAUCCAAAAGCAUGGUCAAAGUCAAACCUGCAAAUCAUGUGCUAUGCCUUGAAUAAGGUGAAGGGCCAUUGCUCUGACGCCGAAUUGAAGCGCUGGUACCGUGAACUUCUUAACUCUCAAAUUAUUAUCCUUGAUUGAGUAGGCUAUUCUACACUUAAAGAAAAAAAAGAGAGAGAUGUAUACCGUUUGUAUAUAUGAAUAAACAAUAUCGUAUGUAAAAAGAUAUCAAAUGAACGGAGAUCUAUUCCAUGCCAAAAGUCUAAAAAGCAUUGUUAAGACCAACAUUAAAACCGCAUGUGGCAGUAGCAAUAUAAUUGUUCAAUAAGAUUGGAAGUAGCGAGCACUAAGGAAACCCUAACUUUCCUCAUACAGGCAGUGCUGAAGUAAUAAACAAGAAUCAAAUAUGUUCAUAAACUACAUGGAGGUAUUUGUAUUCAAAUAAUAAUGAUAAUCAUAAUGAUAG